AUGUUGAACUUAAAUCAAGAUUAAUUUGAGUAAAAAAAUCCAUUUCUAUGUGUUGAAUGUGCAUAAGAUCUUUUAACAAGAGGUGAUAAGGCUGUUUCAAAUACAAUAUCAUUAAUGAAGGCAGAAGAAAAAUGGAAUGAGUAUAUUAAAGAGUAAAUGGAAAAAAGAUCAUAAAGAUAAUCAAGACUUAAUUAAGCUAUUGCAUUUAUUAAAAAAUUUUAGGAGAAAUAAAAUUCAGAAUUGAAUAAAAUGAUAUAAUCUCUUAAUGAACAAUUAAAAAAAUAACCUAAAGAAUAUGAAGAACUUAUGAAAUUAAAAAAUACACAUCUAUUAACAUAAAAUAAAUAGAACCGUCUUGAAAUAAUUAAAAUGCUUGUUUUGACAAAUAAUAAUAAAAAAAUUGAUGAAGAUUAAGAAUUCUUUUAGAUUCAAAAGAGAGUACUAGAUGAGUUAAUUAAAGAAAAUCGUUUAGAUUAAGAUUAAAUAUAAGGGCUCUAGAACUAUGAAUAAUGA